AUGUCCCCAACAGGUAACCAGUUUCCCACUAACUCCUCCAGCCCAGUACAACCCCAUCUAAGCCGCUUCUACAAGGAGGCCAGCACCAGCCGGUGGCAACUAGAUGGCCUCUUCCAGACAUUCUUGGAGGACAGACCAGCCGACACCAUGCUUGCCGUUCAGGAACGCCGCCUUCUCAUUUCCUGGGACCUCCAGGCCAUCUAUUACUUGAGGAGAUGCUUGAGGACAUGGAUUCAGGACAAGAUCCCCGGCGACGCCAUUGGUGCAUUCCUCGUGACAGUCUUGUACGAACAAGACUUUCAUCUGGAUUACUUACUGACUAUGAUGGUUCGGGAUGAACAAACCCAGCUACACAUCGCUCGUCGUCUGUUGGCAUUCUACCAAAUCCGAGACGAAGCAGGAACCCCCGUCUGGGAUAAUGUCGCCGUCUAUUCCGAAGACACCCACCAGAAUCCACCAGCUCUUCAGAGAAAGAGUGUUGCUGGAAGCUCCGCUAUUACCAGGAAGGAGCUUCCACAUCGCAUCCCUACACCGCCGCCUGCUGAUCCGAGAUGGCCCCUCUUCAUGAGUGCGCUUAGCGCCCCGGAGAUUGAAGACCUCAUGGACAAGUUAGACGAUGAUCAGUAUCCAGACGAAGAUCUGGCCCCCUUGUUCACCGGUGUGAGUGAGGAAGAUAUUCUCAUCAUCCAGGCGUUCCGCAGAUUCAAUCUCCACAAGAAUGAUUUCUCUAAGGACCUCCCUCUCCCUGAAUCUGGGGCCGAUCGGAUUGAAGAUAUAUCCAAGCAGACUAACACAUCACAGGAUAAACCCCUCCCUUCCCUUCCUAUGAUUCUUCGGAAGCCUCUCCCAACCCUACCCACUGACAAGGCUAUUCCCCGUAAAGCCCUCCCCCUCCCACCCCUUUCACGCCCCUCAAGCCCGAACCCCUCAUCUGUGCGUGUGUCGACUUUCACAUCGGAGAAGAAGAAGUUUAGAGUCCGAUGGGCGGACUGUGUGCCAAGCGAACAUGCUAAUAUUGAACAGGGAAAGGGUAAGGCUGACCUACGUUCGUCUGCGGCAGCUCGUUCAAAGCCUUCCCUUAACCUCAAUAAACCAAAUGCUCCUGGUCCGUCUGACACUGUUUAUGCUUAUAUUCACAGUCCUUGGCAUUAUAAUGUUCCCCCACCCCCUCCUAAGCUAAAGAAAAAGGCAGGAGUCGAGGACUUGCGCCAGGCUCGAGAGCGUGGUGAUUGA